GCCACAAUUCCACAUCCACACCAUCAGACAAACUUCGUCAAGCCCGCCUUGCAAACAAGCUACUAGGAUAAGACAAAGAACGAUGACCAGAAGAGAAGGAAUUUUGGGCUUGGCCUUGUCGGUCGUCUUCAUCGUUUUCUCGAGUCCGCUAUGUCGAGGUUUCAUACCUCGAGAUCUCUCUGCUAUCGUUAGCACGAAAAGAUACCGUCAUCUACCCGCCCCGCUAUUAGCCACCUUGGAUGACCACGAUGACGCUAGCAACACAGUAACCACAAGCAGUACCAGUAAAGACCGAAAUGACGUCGUCGUAACUGGUGUCACUCUCAAGGUUGCUUUUGACUCCAACUGGGGUGUCGCUGAAAUGGCCGACGACGCUCCGUCGGUUCGAUUUACGUGUGACCAAUCCCUCGACAUGGUCCAUCGCCUACGGGGUGACAGCGAUGCCGUCUUGGUGGGACGAGGGACCGUGGAACGAGACGAUUGUUCCUUGACUGUACGGAGGGGGGUGACGGCUGACAAACAGCCACUGCGAGUUAUCUUGGAUCCUCGAUUAACCCUCAUCUUGGCGGAAGUACACGAAGGGGCGCAGUACAAAGUCUUGACGGAUGGUCUACCAACCGUCAUUUAUCACUGUGUAUCCGAUGUGCGGUUGGAAUCAUUGAAUUUGUUGGAUAGUGUCACAUUGGUCUACAUGGAAAGCAAUCUGCCCAAUGACACGCAAGAAGACUUGCCAGAAGGAAAUCGACCUGGCAGAUACGCGUCUCCUGGAGCCGUCGUGGAGCAUUUGCGAGACAAUUUUGGCGUCCACCAUUUGAUGGUGGAAGGUGGCCCUCAAACAGCAAUCAACUUCUUGCAGCCAGAGAAUUUGAUCGACCGCGCAAUCCUUGUUCGUGCACCCAUUAGUUUCCAAGAACCGUUUCCAUCGGGCAUGUCCACCGAAACACUACAAGACGCGGGGCUGGAACUGGUUUGCUCGAAAGAAAGCGGGGUAGAUACCAUUGAUUAUUGGGCCAGACCAGGGGAAUCAUGGCCCACGGACCCACCGGAAGAUUGGCCAUGAACCACUGCAUGGAACGAAAAUAAGUUGAAUAAUAUUAUCCAACAGGAAGAGGCAACAACAGUCCAACAUUGCGCUGCCAACACCACUCGUGAUAAAGCUAUCUACUAGAAUCUUGCUACAAAACAAUCAACCAUACAGUAUUUAUUUAUUUUGACUCGCUACGUAUGCUUCCAUUGGGCGCUCCGCCUCCA